AUGUCGUGUCAGCCCCUGAGGCAGUUUAGUGACGAGGACACGGUGAGCCGCUCAUGGAGGAUAUUAUGGAGAAUGAAGAUUCUGCAGAUUAAUCUCCAACAUUCCAAGGCGGCAUCCGCCAAUCUUCUGCUCCACCUUGAGCAAGGUGGGGCUGACGUGGUUCUAAUACAGGAGCCAUGGCUGAGCAGUAAUGGUAUCUCUGGAAUCAGAAAAAGGAACUACAAGCUGAUAGCGGCGAACAACGUAGGUAGAACUAGGGCCUGUAUGCUUAUCAGAGGUGAACUAAAAGCUUUUAUUUUGCAUAAUUUGAGCAAUGAAGAUGUGGUUACAAUUAGGCUGGAACGAGAGGCUGGAGAACUCUGGCUUAUAUCCGCCUACAUGCCACACGAUGACGAGGUGGAGCCACCUCCAACGCUGCUGAGGAGCGCUCAAUCAGAAGCCAAGCGACGGAAAGCUGGCGUGAUCUUGGGGUCCGAUGCGAACUCGAGGCACUCAGUUUGGGGCAGCUCGGAUACAAACUUGCGAGGUAUGACAUAA